AUGAUGAUUGGAAAGAUGACCAGAGUAGAAAAAAGGGCUGUUUUUCAAAAGAAUAAAAAGGUUUUUAUCAACAAAACUCAAAAUAGUUUGCCAAAACUGAACAAGGCUCCGCCAAGAUCAGUUUCAUCAAAAGGCCAUUUUGGAUCUUCAACCAAUUCUGGUAGAACAUCCGGAGGCUCAGUGCAAACUAAAAGGAAACCUAUUUUAAAACCAUCAGAGAAUUGGAUAACGCCUAAAUCUCAUUGGGUGCCCAAGGCAAUUUCCAAUCCAUCAUUACCACCCUCUGAAGUGAUUAGGAAUGUGGAUCCUUGUUUGAGAUCUUUAAAUGGACAGUUGCGGAGGAAUUUCGUCCAUCCUUGGUACGUCGAUAGCGGCUGCUCCCGGUAUAUGACUGGAGACAUCUCCCAAUUGAGCGAAAUUCAAUCUUUUAAUGGGGGUUAUGUCUCCUUUGCGGGCAGAGAUGGUGGCAAGAUCACAAAAAGAGGAACUGUCACAAAUGGAGUGUUAAGCUUUGAGAAUGUCAACUUCGCUCCCGAGUUAAAACACAGCUUGUUGAGUGUUUCCUAA